AUGAGCGAGGAGCUUGCAAACGUUCUCGCCAAUCUUCCGACGUAUCAGCCAGGGACACCUAAUUAUCAACAACUUUUGAAUAUCAUCGAGGAGAUUGGAAGAGACCUUCGCGCUUCGUACACAUUCAAUAAAAUCACCACCGAUCGAUUGAAACGAAACAUAAUCAACGCGCGAGUUCUCGUCAGGGGCUGCCUCGUCGACGCCGAAAACGACAAGAAAAAGGCGGACAUUGCGAUUGAGAAGCAACGUCAACAACAGGCAGCAGAAGCCGCCAAACAGAAAAACGAUUCCCGUUCGGGUUCGCUGUGCAUAAUCGCCGUUGAGAACGAUGGAAUCUCGCUCGAGCAAGAAAUUCUGACGUCCGCUGGCGUUUUUCGAUUUGAAUUCCGGAAUCCAUCGACAAUAAUUGCAGCGUUGACUGAUGGAAAUCUAGUAGUUCAGAAAUUCAAAGAACCAAUUUCCGAUGAUUCAAUUCCAGUCUCUUCGAAUAUGCUCCUUGACGUCGCUGUAUCAGAUUCUUCUCUAACGGCCACUUCGGAUAAUAAGGGUUUCGCUUAUAUUGUUGACUUGAACACCGCAAUGAUCGUGUCUAGUUGGUUGGCGCACACCCUUCCAUAUAUGGACAAUACUGGUUGCGAAGUCUGGUCUUGCGCGAUAGAGAAAUCUGGAAAUUUGUUGGCGACUGGCGGAGAAGAUGCGACAAUGAAAAUAUGGGAUUGUCGAACUAAAACGUCGAUUGGACAAUGCAAACUGUUCGAUGCUGGCGUCGUUUUUGUAAAUUUCCAAGAAUCUGAUGAGAAUCUGAUACUAACUGGAAGCUAUGACGAACACGUUCGACUCAUCGAUAGAAGGAAUUUGAAAUCGGCGGUUAUCGAUGAAAAGCUCGGCGGUGGCGUCUGGAAUAUCGAGAAACGUGAAAACGGCGAUUAUAUAGCGGCGUGUAUGUAUGGUGGUUAUGCGGUUCUCGACAAGGAUCUCAAAAUUAUUCGGCAAAAUCGUGACGCCGGCAAGAAUCUUUUGUAUGGCGCAACAUUUGUUAGCGAACGGGCUCUUUAUUGCACUUUUAAUGAUUAUCUUGUGGUUUUGGAUGAUUGA